AUGGCACGAAGUUUAGGCCAUUAUUACAUAUUGGUCAUCUUCUUUUCUAUCACGAUUAUAUUCAUUGAUGUAAAUGAUACUGCUCCUGUUCUUUCAAAUAUACCAUUUACGGGAGAUGGCACUUUUUUUGAUACGGGACUUGGAGCUUGUGGUAGAGUUAACAACAACGCCGAACUGAUUUUUGCUCUUUCUGCUGAAAUGUUUGACCCUUCUCCAGGUGGUAAUCCAAAUCUAAAUCCCAAUUGCGGAAGACUCGCAAACGUUAUGCGUGGCGACAAAUCAGUAACCGUUAUGUGCGUAGAUCGAUGCGUUGGAUGUAAAUCUGGUGAUAUAGAUUUAUCUCCAACUGCUUUUAACCAAAUUGCAACACCACAAGAAGGUCGAGUCCAAGUUACUUGGCAAUUUAUAAACUAA